AUGGCGGAAACAGUUUUGGAGGAGACUAAUGUUACUACUACCUUCUCUUCCGAGUUCGAUUCCAUCUCGAUCCCUCCUCCUCCUUCUCCCUUCGAUGAUAAUUUCUACAAUUCCUCCACCUCCGAUCAUGCUCUGCCUGGAAAUCCAAUCUCCGAUCUGAGGUUAUUUAUUGACGGAGACGGAGACGGAGACUUCGAGUUGACUUUUAACAGUGUCGACGAUCUCUACUUCCCCUCCGAGAACGAAUCGUUCGUCAUUCCUGUUGACGCUACGAACAGAGAGAUGUCAUUGUCCAAGGACUCUGAUUGCUCCGGUACUGUACAGAGCUUGAGUUUAUCGACUCAGAAGUCGGAGAUUUCCGUCUCCGAAGCUACAAUUGCGUCGUCUUCUUCUUCGUCGUCACGUGAAUCAGCGAAAAUGGUGAUCGAUGAUCAGAGAUUGAAAAUGGAGGAGCUUUCGAGACAGAGGAAGAAACAUUACGUAGAGGAAUUAGAAGAUAAAGUUAAGAAGAUGCAAUCGACGAUCAUGGAUUUGAACAGUAAGAUCUCUUAUUUCAUGACUGAGAAUGCUGCUUUGAGGCAACAGUUAGGUCCAAGAAGUGGCAUGUAUCGGCCACCGAUGGUUUAUCCAUGGUUGCAGUAUUGUCCGGGUUAUAUGGUAAAACCGCAAGGUUCUCAAUUAGUGCCUUUGCUUCCUAUUCCUCGGUUGAAACCACAACAAUCCGUGGCUAAGGUUAAGAGGAAGAAGAAGACCAAGAAAGUUGCUAGUUUUAGUGUUCUUGGUCUUUUGCUUUCUCUGUUUUUGUUUGGUGGAUUGGCUCCUAUUUAUGAUCAGUCUAGAGGAAGAGUUUUGGAUGUGAAUGGUAGUGAACAUCUACUUGUGUCGCUAUUUGUUCCGAGGAAUGAAAAGCUUGUGAAGAUCGAUGGGAAUUUGAUUAUUCAUUCUGUUUUGGCGAGCGAGAAAGCCAUGGCUUCUGAAUCGAAGAACGAUGAUGAGAAAACCAAUCUAGUCACUACUAAAUCUGUACUGCAUUUACCUGACUUCACAAGGACCGGGGAUUUGUCGAAGCAUCUCUAUAGCGAAAAGCGGAAAGCUCAGUCAUCUUCUAGCUCUGAUGAUAGUACGAAAGACAAACUCAAAUCAACAACAGCCAAUGGUGAAAUGCAGAAAUGGUUUCAUGAAGGUGUUGCAGGACCAAUGUUCAGUUCAGGGAUGUGCACCGAAGUGUUUCAGUUUGAUGUCUCCUCCUUAACCUCAGAAGCUAUCAUUCCUACUUCUCCAGUUACUAAACAGCCUAAGAACAURACUGAUACACACAAGGGGAAAAAGAACAGAAGAAUCCUCCGUGGUGGUCUUCCGGAAUCCGAUUUUAAUCUAACCAAAGAUCAAAACAGCUCUACCAAAGAGAACUUCCGGGAAACCAAGCCUGACCCAUCAAUGGUUGUAUCUGUACUUGUUGAUCCGAGAGAAGACGACGAUGGGAUGAUAGAAGGAACACAAUCAAUGUCCAGAGUUUUCAUAGUCCUGCUUGUGGAUGGUGUGAAGUAUGUAACAUACUCCUGCGUUCUUCUUCCACAACCAGAAGUUCCUCACAUCACCAAUCACGCAAGCAAGCCAAGCCAAAAAGAAACUAGCUCUCCAAUGGAUUACACUGUCGAUAUGAGUUGUGUAAUGAAAGUGAACAGAAACUGCGAGCUUUGUCGGCAAAAAGUCACUGAAGUUAUGCAUUGUGUCAACGUAGUUUACUCGGUGGAUUUCGUGGGAGAUGACAAUUCAAUCAAGCUCAAGGCAAGAGCAAACCCUAAUAUAAUUUUAGCUGUUAUUGAACGUUAUGGAGAACACGGAAAAAUCUCUAAUCUCCGUUUCGACGGUGAAGUUAUGAACUUUACCGGCAACGGUUAUUACAGCCAAUCAGGCUUUUACCCUCCUUCACACUCCGCCGGUUAUUAUCCUCCUAUGCCGGCCGGAAACUAUGGUUAUACGCCGCGACAAACAGAGGCGGCUCCACAGCGGAUAGAUAACCGGCUUACAGAACCUCCGCGGCUACCGGUAAGGCCGUUACAUAGUUACUCUUACGUAGAACCGCCGUAUUGGCAGCAGAGUUCGUCGAGUGGAGGAAGGUGCGUUAUCAUGUGA